GCAAUCCAGGGAGGAGAUAAACAGAGUUGAUGGCAAAGGAGAAACAAGCAAUCUGUCAAAUGAAGAUGUUAUUUUCAGGAGCUCUCACUACACUGAGUUGCUAAAGAAUAUGCAGAUGAAAGAAGAGAUGGCUCAACAGAAAGCUCGAAAAACUUGGCUGAAAUCAGGAGAUGCUAACACUGGUUUUUUCCACAAAUGCAUCAGAGGGAGAUGGCGCAAAAACGAAAUAAAUGUAAUUUUGGUAGAAGGCGAAGAGCUGAGACAAGUUGAAGACAUAAAGCAGGGCGUUAUGAAGUAUUUUGCAAAUUUAUUCUCUGAUGAGGGAUGGCAAAGACCGACUUUAGAGGGGCUAAGCUUCAAAUCGAUUUCAGAGGAGGACAGAAGCAUGCUCAUUGAACCUUUUACAGAAGAAGAGGUAAAAGAGGCGGUAUGGAAUUGUGACAGCACCAAAGCACCGGGACCGGACGGUUUUACUUUUGGCUUUAUAAAAAAUGAAUGGGAGGUGAUUAAAGCAGAUAUCAUGGUCUUCCUCAAGGACUUUCACACAAAUGGAAGGAUGGUAAGGGGUUCUAAUGCUUCUUUCCUGGUUUUGAUACCGAAGAAAGAGAAUCCUCAAGGCAUAGAAGAGUAUAGACCCAUUUCCUUAAUUGGUUGCAUGUAUAAGAUUCUUGCCAAAGUGUUAGCAAACAGACUCAGCAGAGUAUUAAACACAAUUAUAGGGGAGAAUCAAUCUGCUUUCAUCGAAGGAAGACAACUGGUUGACAGUGUUGUUGUGGCAAACGAGGUAAUUGAUGAGGUGAGGAAGAGAAAAUCCCAGUGUUUUGUAUUCAAGAUUGACUUUGAGAAGGCAUAUGAUAAGGUGAGCUGGUCUUUCUUGGACUACAUGAUGGAGAAAAUGGGCUUCGACAAAGUAUGGCGGGAGUGGAUUGCUGAAUGUUUAAGAUCGAAUACUGUGUCCGUGUUAGUUAAUGGAAGUGCUACCAAAGAGUUCUCGAUGUCAAGAGGGCUUCGACAAGGAGAUCCACUAUCUCCAUUUCUGUUCUUAAUGGUGGCAGAAGCUCUAAAUGGACUAACUUCGACAGCAGUAGAAAAGGGCUUGAAGGUAAACUACAGAAAAAGCUCUCUAAUUGGAGUCAAUACUGAUGAAGAAUGGACGAGAAAAAUGUCAUGGUUGCUGAAUUGUAAAACUGCCUCCCUUCCCUGUAAAUACCUGGGCAUGCCUUUGGGAGCAAACCCAAGGAGAAUAGAUACUUGGAAACCCUUAAUCGAAACCUUCAGAAGAAAACUCUCAGUUUGGAAAGGAAAAUUCUUGUCUCUUGGCGGUAGAAUCACCCUCAUAAACUCUGUGCUGUCCAGUCUGCCCGUGUUCCUGAUGUCGCUACACCUUCUCCCUAAACAGGUAAUCCGCGAGCUCGAUAAAAUUAGGAGAAGUUUCUUAUGGGGUGGAGUUGGGGAAGGUAGAAAGAUAGCGUGGGUAGCAUGGGAGAGGGUCUGCUACGAAAAAAAAGAGGGAGGGUUAGGGGUGAAAAAUCUUAGAUGGUUCAAUAUGGCAUUGCUCGGGAAAUGGUGGGGGAGAUUAAUAGGGGGAGAUAAGGGGUUGUGGUCGAGGGUGCUGGUAGAAAAAUAUGGUGGCAAAGGAGGAAAUUGGUUAUCUUGGAUGAAAGAGAGUAGGGGAAUAGGAUCGCCAUGGUGGAAUGAUAUUUGCAAAUUGGAUACAGGAUCAAGUAAUAAGGUUGGGUGGUUGCUUUCAAAUUUCAACUUAAAAUUAGGGGACGAGAAGAGUGUCAGGUUCUGGUUAGAUGUUUGGGUAGGGGAGGACUCUUUAGCUAAUGUGUUUCCAAGACUGUUUUUGUUGGACACAGACAAAUAUUGCAGCAUAUAUGAUCGAGGUUAUUGGUCUGAUGGACGCUGGUGCUGGAGAUUCCAAUGGAGAAGAUCAACUAGAGCAUGGGAGGAGGAAAAACUACAACAGUUGAUUAGGACCAUAAAUCACAAAAAACCAGUGCAGAAUGUGAAAGACACUUGGAGAUGGAGGCCUGACAAUGAAGGAAACUACACCACAAGGUCAGCUUACAAGCAGUUGGCUAAGAAAGAAGAAAGUACACUGUUGGAGUACAAAAAUAUAUGGAGUGCGCAAGUCCCUUCAAAAGUGGCAGCUUUUUCAUGGCAAAUGCUUCUUGACAAAAUCCCCACAAAGGCCAACUUGGCAAAGUGGGGCAUUUUGGAUGACAACCAAGUUGGCAUAAGGGUUCAAAAAUUAUGAAAAAAGGCUGGAAUAUGUUAUGGUUCACAAUAGUAUGGUCAUUGUGGUUGAGUAGAAAUGAAACAGCCUUUCAUCA